GAAAGGAAAUAAUUAAAGGCACACGUGCACAGGAGGACAUUUUUUUAAAUGGGAAAUGGACAUUUAAUUGUUCUUGUUUAGUAGUUAAAUCAUACGUUAAUGUAUUAUCUUAUUGUUUGACCCCCUUUGUACACUUUAGUCGUUUAAAGACGAAUGAACUACUUUUUUCGUUUUUUGGUUCAGUAGCAGCGGAAACUAAAGUGCAACACUUUCAGUGCUAAAAAUUGAAGAGCACAAAUGGGAAAGGAUAAUACAAUAUCUGAGACAAUGUGUGCUGACGCUGUUCCGACAUCAUACAUAAAAAAUUCAAUGAAUCAAUCAAGGGAUGAUGAAGAAUUAAACGAGUUCAAUGAUGAUAACGACGUAUCAUUGCCAUCUGCAAGUCCAUUGAGCUCUGUGCUGGCUGAAUGGUUAACUGUAAUGGAUAGUUGGAAUCCGACUGAUAGGUUGAACGUAAUUUAUCACAUCAUCAAGAGAUCAGAGUUGGAUGAACUUGGUCAUAUGAAGAGAUUGAUUGACUCCCUUUUCCAGAGGGAUUUCAUUUCCUUGCUCCCAAAAGAGUUGGCAUUGUAUAUCUUGAGUUUUAUUGGACCGAAGGACUUACUCCAAGGGGCUCAAACUUGCCGAUAUUGGAGAAUUUUGUGCGAUGAUAGUCUGCUCUGGAAGGAAAAAUGUCGAGAAGCUGGAAUUAUACCUUCCAACGCGAUGGCACAACGAAUUCAUGGUCGAGGAGAAGCCCAAAAUAAUAUCUUUUGGACAAACCAAUUGCAUCUAGGGGGAAAUGGCAGCAGUUUUGUUCCAAAUUAUGGAUCUUGGAAGGCUGCCUACAUACGGCAGCACAAUAUCGAAAUGAACUGGAGAUGGCAGCCAAUCAAAUCUCAGAUUUCCUUGAGGGCCCACACCGAACAUUGGAUAACUUGCCUCGAAUUUUCAUCCAACAGAAUUGUGACUGGAUCCGAUGAUACUACACUCAGGGUGUGGUCUGCAACGACUGGACGGUGCCUACUAAGGCUUGUUGGGCACACUGGAGGGGUUUGGUCGGCUCAAAUAUCUGGAACAACAAUUAUUUCAGGAUCGACAGAUCGUACAUUGCGAGUUUGGAAUGCGGAUACUGGAGCCUGCUUACAUAUACUUGAGGGUCACACUUCCACAGUUCGUUGUAUGCAUUUGUUCGGAAAAAAAGUGGUGAGUGGAUCUCGAGAUACAACACUUCGUGUUUGGAAUGUUGACAAUGGAGAGUGUCUUCAUGUCUUGGUUGGCCAUACUGCGGCUGUGCGUUGUGUUCAAUAUAACGGGAAGAUUGCUGUGUCUGGAGCAUAUGAUUCGAUGAUUCGAGUCUGGGAUGUCGAAAGUGGAGAAUGUCUGCGUACUUUGAGCGGUCACGCAGACCGAAUUUAUACACUGCGAUUUGAUGAUAUGCAUAUCGUUAGUGGUUCGCUUGACACAAGCAUUCGAGUUUGGGAUGCGCAGACUGGAAUUUGCAAGCAUACUCUGAUGGGGCAUAGGAGCUUGACAUCCGUGAUGGAAUUGAGAAACAAUUUACUUGUUUCCGGAAAUGCAGAUUCCACUGUCAAAAUUUGGGAUAUUACUACUGGACAGUGCCUUUUCACUUUGUCAGGUCCUAACGGGCAUCUUGGCCCAGUUACCUGCGUCCGGUUACUUAAUAAGUUUGUAAUUACGUCUUCCGAUGAUGGAACGGUGAAACUCUGGGACAUUGCAACGGGAGCUUUUGUUCGAGACCUAGUAAAGCUGCAUAGUGGUGAAUCUGGCGGCAAGGUUUGGUGGAUUACAGCAUCAGAAACGAAAUUAGUUUGUGCAGUCGGUAGUCAUAACGGUACUGAAACAACAAAAUUGCUGGUUUUGGAUUUUGGCGUGAAUUCACCCGAAUAUGAUGACGGAAUGAGGGAUGCUUCCACCUUCACAUCGAACAGUCCCUUAAAGCCAGAGCACCUGAAUAUAAUGUGCAGCCUUUUCCGUUGAUGUACACCAAAACAAUACAGAUAUUUUAUCAUUUAAAUUAUUUAAACUGAAUUAUCAUUUAUUCGUUCCACUUGUUCAAAGGAGCUCAAAUGGUAACUUUCCAAUUCAUGUUUUUUCUCUAAUUUUUGUGACUCACUGUUUUAAUAGUAAACAGGGUAAAUUACAAUCUGUAAUGUAUACACACUCACUAAAAUUGUAAAAAAGGAGGAGAGGAAGGAUAAUAAAAAUAUUUUCAGGAACAAGAA